AUGAAUAAAGUUAACUUGAAAGUGGGACAGAAGUUGAUAGUAGAACUUGACGAUGAGGUUAUCCUCGGUGAGCUGAUUCACGUUGCAUCCGACAAUACCUUCAUCAAGUUGGCCAAUGCCCGCGAUAUAUCGGCAAACAACCUGCUUGGCAAUCAAGCAUAUUAUAGUUCGGAAAUUCGCAAUAUACAGAUUGUUGAUGAUGCUAAAGACGAGCCGGAAUCCAGCACUGAGCAUACUACUGUCGCGCCUACACCAAGUCCACCUGUGAAACAUCUUUCGCUAGAAUGUCUCAACGACGCACUGCAAAGGGUGGACAACUGUGUAUAUAUUCAACAACCGGAUGCGAAGUACCAUGCGGCUAUCAGCGUUCUUAAGAAAGAGCGGACGCUUGCCAUCUCCAUGGAAGGAGUUGAAGAAGGACGACAUGCAAAGUCGGUUUCAUUGCUCUCAAUAGCCUCGAACAGCGCAAUUUACAUCUUCGACAUUAAGUGGUUAAACAUUACAAAAGAUCUACGAGAACUAAUUUCUAGCGAUCGUUAUUUACGGGUUUUACACAACGGCCGUUUUAUACAAGAUAUCCUGCUACAUCGAUACAACCUAGCGCUCGGACGAUGCUUCGAUACCAUGUUGGCGCAUAUUGCAACGACCAAAUGUAAAGCAACCAAGGACCCGGAAACAGCGAAAGAAGCGCCGGGAAUUAUUUCCAUACAAACGUGCAUCGCUUACUACUUGAAGUUGCCAGAAAACUUUUUCAACGACAAUGUCAAUUAUGAUUUGCGACCAACAAGCACUGAAGCUAAACGCGAGGCGGCCAAGAAAAUUGCUUUCCUAAUCAGUCUUCAGGAUCACUUCAUACAUGAAAUUAUGUUGGAACGAUUCUAUCGUGGUUGUGCUCAGUAUUGCACUAGUCUGGCUUGCAAUGUAGAUUUCAUUGAUAGUUUAGCGGAGGCGAAUUCUGAUGGACACCGAGCCGUUAAUGCCGUGAAACCAUUCGAAUUGGAUGCUGGCAUGCAUUGUCUUUGGCCUACGAGUAAAGGGAAUUAAGCUGUAUUCCAAAUGAUUCGAAAGAUUUAAAAUAAAAAGUAGAGGACGAGAUUUAA